AUGGGCGACACUUCUCGAGUUGUCACCGCACAUACAAACAUCAGAGUGAUAAUCAUUCAAUUCAAUCCGGCAUCCCAAUUGCCUAUCAAAUUACAUGGCAGCCAGAACUAUUCAACUUGUAAGGCAAAAUUUUCGAUGCUUAUGGAUGGUCAUGAUCUAUAUGGCCAUCUUGAUGGGUCUGCUCCCUCCCCCUCUCGCAUAAUCACAACUGGUAUAGUCCCUAGUGUGAAUCCUAUAUUUUCUUUUUGGUUUUGCCAGGACCAACUUAUUCAGAACACACUUAUGGCAUCAGUUGAUCCCACAAUUGUCACAACUGGUGCAGCCUCUAACUCGGCAAAAAUUGCAUGGGAUGCAUUAUACACAACCUAUGCGAAUAAGUCCCAAACUAGAAUUUUCAGUUUGCGUGAUCGACUUAUGCAAUUGACCAAAGACUCCCAACUAGUCACCGAAUAUUUGCAAAAUAUUCGAUCUAUUUCUGAUGAACUCUCUAUUGUUGGUGUCCUAGUUACCAACUCUGAACUUAUUGUUAAUAUCCUGAGUGGUUUGGGCCCAGAGUUUCAUGAGAUUUCCGCUUGCAAUCCGGGCUUGUGA